GGAAGUGGAAAAUAAAUUGGUUAUCAGAAUUGAUCAAGAAGAUCGAGCCCCAAAGUUUUCCAUUGCAGAUGAUAUUUCUGAAGUAUAUAGUUUACCCAGGAUUCAUGAAUGCAUUAAUGGUCAAAAACCUUUAAAAGCUGUGAUUGAUAUAGAUAUCUCACAGGAAGAUAUGAAAACAUCUGGAGUUAAGGCACAAGAAGUAUUCAUUCGAAUCUGCUUUUCUUUCAUAAGAGUUUUGUAUCGAAUUCUUGAUUGUAGCUGGAAGGAUAUUCUCAAUGGAUUAGUAAUUGCUACAUCAUCAGACUCUAGCAAGUGUAGCUAUCAUAUUUUAUAUGCACCGGCUCUUCUUAUUGAUCAUUGUGAACUCAAAACAUUCACAAAAUUAGUAUAUACUAUAACCGGUGAAAAAUUCGGCAAGUUUAUUGAUCAAAAAUUACCAGAUAAUGGUUGGAAUGAACUCAAUCACGCUAGAGUUCAACCACCUACUAGCUUGAGACUUGAAGUUAGACCUCAAAUGCUUACGACAGAAACAUAUAAGGAGAAAUAUAUAAGACCAUUACCCAAUGAAGGUGAUAUUUAUAUAGGGUCGCCUUGGGAAACUGGAAAAACAUAUAUUCUUGAACAUCUUACUUUAUCUGACGUUGUGAAUUUAUUAGCAUUAUCCACGUGUCACUCUUAUUCUAAUGCUGUUACUACAAGACUUAAUCUCACAUCAUAUUGUGAUAUUGAUGGAAAUAUAAAUCUAUCCGAUUACAAGAGGGCAAGACGUAUUAUUAUUAUGGAUAAUGACCUAACUGAUCUAAAUAUUGAAUGGAUUAAAGCCCUUCAUAAAGAUAAACCAUUUUCUAUUAUCCACAAUACUUAUCAACCUCAAAAAGGUAAGACAUUCUGCCUAGCUCCUAAUAUAGAAACUAAGGAUAUGCAAGGGAUUGUUCAUACUCUCAAUACCGAUUUUCCAGAAUUGAGGAUCAAGGAAUAUUACAGUAAAUCUGAUCCAGUAGAAAAGGCUCAUAACUUCAGUAAUGUAGAAGAAUCAUGGAGUGGUGUAAACCUUGUUGCAUAUACUAGUACUCUAAAAAUAGGAGUAUCAUAUACUAAUCCAAAAAAAGGAUUAUUUCAAUGGUUACUGAAGGCUAAAUGCAAAUGUCUUCCCUGUGAACUUCAGAAUAGAGAGAUUUUUCCAGAUAUAGAUUCUAUUAUCCAGAAUAAAGAUAUGCCUACUAUUUGA